AUGGACCCGCGACGUUAUUUGAAGAGCUAUGGAUGGGUCGAGGGGGAGGCGUUGCAGCAAGGAGGCUUGAAGAGACCUAUUCUAGUCACUCAUAAGAAGAACGCGUUUGGAAUAGGUCACACGAGUAAUCAGGCUGAGGCAUGGUGGGAGAAGAUGUUUGAUGGUCAACUCAAAUCGCUUGAUGUGACGAGCAAAAACGGUACUGUCAGUUUUGCCCAGGAUGAGCAAUCUUUCAAGGAGUUUGCUAAAAGCCAGUCGCCACUGUACAAGAUGUUUGUGAAAGGGGGACUGUUGCAAGGAACUAUAGAAAAAGAACCGGAAAUAGGUAGAUCAGGAAGCGAACAACUAAUGAUCUUCGAUCUGGGUGAUAAUUCAGAGAAGAGGAAAAAGAAGCGGAAAAAAGACAGAAAGGAAAGAAAGCAUAAAGAAAAGAAAGAGAAGCAUAAGUCUCAAAAGAAGGGUGAGGUGAAAGAUGGGAAGAUAAAAAAGUACAAGUCCAAGACGUAA